AUGGCAUCUGCAAGUCAACCGAAUGCUGGAAGUCAGGGUUGCUGGUGGUGGCUCCUCAAGGAUUUGCCGGAGAAGACAAAGAAUAAAGUGGUAAAUGUUGCCGGGAAGGCAAACAAGCUCGGACGAGAUGAACCGAGAAGGAUUAUUCACUGCCUAAAAGUAGGACUGGCUCUUACGUUGGUUUCCUUGUUAUACUAUGUUCACCCUCUCUAUAAAUUCUUCCAUGAAUCUGGAGUAUGGGCCGUCUUAACUGUGCUCCUCGUCUUAGAAUUCACAGUGGGAGGAACCCUGGGAAGGGGUUUAAAUAGGACGUUUGCAACACUGCUAGGUGGCGCUCUAGGUGUUGGAGCCCAACAUCUAGCAGCUCUGUCCGGAGAGAUUGGACAACCAAUAGUACUGGGUCUCUGUGUCAUGGUUUUAACUGCAGCAGUGACGUUUCUUCGGUUCUUUCCUGAAAUGAAGGCAAGAUAUGAUUACGGACUGAUAAUAUUAAUGUUGACAUUCUCUAUGGUAUCUGUAUCUGGCUACCGAGAUGAAGACGCAUUAACCAUAGCAUACGAGAGGCUAUUGACCAUCAUCGUCGGUUGCGUUAUUGCUCUUCUUGUAUCCAUUUUAAUUUGUCCGGUAUGGGUUGGUGAAGAUCUUCAGAGACUCAUUGCUGCCAACUUGGAGAAACUUGGCAGCUUCUUAGAAGGAUUUAGUGGUGCAUACUGUAGAAUUUCAGGAGAUGCACAGAUAACGAUUGAUCAGUCAUUUCUGCAAGGAUAUAAAAGCGUUCUUACUUCAAAACACAGUGAAGAAACCAUGGUUAAUUUAGCAAGAUGGGAACCUGGUCAUGGUCGAUUCCUGUUCCGCCAUCCAUGGAAGCAAUACCUGAAAGUUGGAACCCUAGCGCGGCAAUGUUCCUACAAAAUUGAAAUUCUAAGUGGCCACCUUGCCUCUGAGAUCGAAGCUGCUCAAGAAAUUCGAGGCGAAAUUCAAGAGUCGUGCAGAGAGAUGACCAGAGAAUCAGGAAAAGCUUUGAAGGAACUAGCAGCAACAAUUAGAACAAUGACUCGAUCAACUUCCAUGGACUUCCACAUUGAGAACUCCAAAGGUGCAGCCAAGAAUCUCAUGUCUUUACUCGAAACAGGUUUGUUGGAAGACAGUACUACUCUCCUUGAGAUAAUACCAGCUGUCGCAGUUGCUUCGACGGUAAUGGACAUUGUAACAUGCACUGAGAGAAUUUCUGAUGCAGUUAAGGAACUAGCCUCUCUUGCACAUUUCAAAAGUACUAUAAGCCCUGUCGUAACACCAGAAGAACCAUAG